UCGGUGCGGCGUCGUGGAGGGCGUGCGUUUGUUGUUUGCGUUCGGUGUCUCUUUUUCUUUUUUAACACGCUUUUCUUCGGCGCGCGCGUGUACGCGGAAGGGGCGCGUCCCGGCUGGGCUCGGCGGCUCUCGGAGCCCGUUUUUAUCUCUCUCCUCCGCCCCGUGCGUGUCCGCUGAGGGAUUUCUUCACGUCCCGCGCCCGGGGGGCCGUCCCCUUCCCUCUCGCUCUCGGCCGGGGGCUCGCGGCGCUUCCCUCUGGAUGCGUCCCCGCAGCCCCAGGCGGGAGGCGGCCGGGGGGAAGCGCUGCCUCCAAGGAUUUACCGCCGCCCGGCACCCAGCUCCGCACUUUCUUCUUCCCCGCGGGCGCUCCGUUGCCGCCCCGGAGCGCUACCACCGUUAUGGACGAGAGAUAUCUGCCCGAGCUGAUGGCGGAGAAGGACUCCCUGGACCCGUCCUUCACGCACACCCUGCGGCUGGUCAACCAAGAAAUUGAAAAAUACCAGAAAGGAGAAGGAAAGGAGGAAGAAAAAUAUAUUGAUGUGGUCAUCAAUAAAAAUAUGAAGUUGGGGCAAAAAGUUUUGAUUCCAGUAAAGCAAUUUCCUAAGUUUAACUUUGUGGGAAAGCUUUUGGGUCCACGUGGCAACUCUUUAAAACGCUUGCAGGAAGAAACACUGACAAAAAUGUCUAUUUUGGGAAAAGGUUCAAUGAGGGAUAAGACGAAGGAGGAAGAAUUAAGAAAAAGUGGAGAGGCAAAAUACUUCCACCUAAAUGAUGACCUUCAUGUUUUAAUUGAAGUGUUUGCUCCACCAGCAGAAGCAUAUGCCAGAAUGGGGCAUGCAUUAGAAGAAAUCAAGAAGUUUCUCAUCCCUGACUACAACGAUGAGAUCAGACAGGCGCAGCUUCAAGAGUUAACGUAUUUGAAUGGUGGUUCAGAGAAUGCAGAGGUUCCAGUAGUUCGUGGAAAGCCAUCUAUUCGAGCAAGGGGAGUACCAGUUCCUGCUUUGACCAGCAGGCUGUGUCUGGGAACAUCACUGCUCACCCCUGCCCCCACUUCAGUGAAGUCAAAUAAGCAGCUGGUACCCUGUCCUGAGGAGGCAUUCUACAGAUUAGCCAAAAACAAGGGCCGUGGAGGAGUGCCUCCACCACCUGCAGGAGUACCGAGAGGGGCACCAGCGCCCAGAGGAGUGCCUCCCAGUAGAGGGCCAGUCAGUCGUAGCCGUGGACUUCUGGCACCCAGAGCGAGAGGAGUGCCUCCACCUGCAGGCUACCGGCCUCUUCCACCACCUCCGGCACAGGAGACAUAUGGUGAAUAUGAAUACGAUGAUGGCUAUGGAACUGCUUAUGAUGAGCAAAGCUAUGAUUCGUAUGACAACAGCUACAGUACUCAAGCACAAAGUGGAGCUGAUUACUAUGACUACGGCCAUGGGCUGAGUGAAGAAACAUACGAAUCAUAUGGACAAGAAGAAUGGACCAACUCGAGACACAAGGCACCUUCGGCAAGGACGACAAAAGGAGUCUACAGAGACCAGCCAUAUGCCAGAUACUGAUUGUACUGUCUGAUGUUGUGAAAUAUCCAAUCUCCACCAGUCCUGUAUACUGUUCAAAGAAACUCAACUCCUUGGACAGCCAAGACAAAAACAAAAACCUUAAUCUUCUGAUGCUUUGGAACUUCUGCCAUGUUAACUACUGACUGCUUAGAACAUUGUACUUGUCCAUGUGCCUAGGCAACAAUGAGACAGGCUUCGGAGUAUGAAAACUCUGUUUCUGUAUUUCUUGUAUUAAAGCCUUAAAGUGUAUAAUGUUAUAUACUUUUUAAAAUAAUUGUAUAUAUGAACCCUUAUUUGUUUAGUGACUCAAAAUGUUCUACUUGGAGCUCAAUAAAGAAUUUUCAUUUAAUUUCCUGUUACAAAGCAAUAAUGCAACUUCACAUUCCUUUAGUGACUCUUAGCCUUACGCAGCAACUUGAAGUGCGUGUGAAUUCUCAUGACUAGACUUUAAAUAUGCUUUUGGAAAUAGAUUGCCUGAUAUAUGAACAACAUGGAUAAAUUAAAUGGAGGAUCAGUGUUUCUUCUGGAACUUUAUGUAUUAGCUAAACACAAAACACCAAACAAAACUCAUAAGUAGUAGUGAUAAUCCAGCUUCCUUCAGAAACUUGUAUAACAUGGUAUUUUAAUUCCUGUUGUAUUAUGCUGCUUAUUCUCUUUCACUUGGUGUUUGCAUAGAAUUGUUUUCUCUGGUAUGCAAUCACUGGUUUUCUAGUAGUAGUCCUGAAUGAGGCUUUUACACUUUGAUUAAUCUUGUAUCUUACAGUUCUGUUUACUCAAUGCUUUCUGCUCUAUUUCAGUUGUGGUUGUGAUAAUUUGUAACAAAUAAAAUCCUGAUAAUUCAAGUCCUUGUGCUUUGCAAGUAAUAUUUAGGGGAAAAAAAACACGAGUGUCCCAUUCUUGUUAUACGUCCAUCAGAUGUAUUUUUCUUGCAUUCACUGAGUCUCAUUACACCAAAAACUACAUCUUAGGCCUAAUUUACUUUGAAUAAACAAUGUUAGGUAAAAUCUUUACACCAAGUGGCUCGUCUGCAGCAUGUAUUAUUUUCUGAUACUGACUAUUGAUGAAUGCAUUGGAAAUUUGUUGGGGAUCCAGGGAAUAUUAAGAUUUCAUGUUA